GAUAUUAAAAAAAAACUUUCGAAAGUGGAAACAAAUUUUCCGUUUUUAUCAACUUUGCCAAACAAUUUUUUUGAAAUAAUGUAUUGUUUAAUGGUAUCAAUUGUAACAUAAAAUAUAAAUUAACAUACUUAUUACUUAAUUAUUUCAUCAAAUUGAUGAAAAUUAAGUAUAAUGCUGCUUGUUAAAUGCGCGCAUUUAAUUUCCAAUUUUGGCCGAGUUGGUAUAUUCAGAUUCGUUGGAGAGAGAGAGAAACAGUUCCAGAUUUUCUAAUGCUUGCAAGCAUGUAAAUAUAGCCAUUCAAAGUUUUGCAUUACGUUUUCGAUAUAUUGACCUUAAGUUGAAAAUAGGAAAUAGCUCAUCAAAACCACAAUAAUUUCCAAAUCGGCAAAAUGUGGUUCGACUCGAAUUGACUCGACAUGGAUGUGGAAACCGUGUUAUCAUAGUCCACGCUGUAUAAGGGGUAACAAUCAUUAUCAUGACAUCGCGUGAAGAAUCCCCCCCUCCACCACCGCCACCACCACCCCCUAAGACUUCCUUGGACAAGAAUUCCUCACAAACAUCCUAUGGGUAUCAGUAUCAGCAACAACCUGUCCACUAUGGCCAAAGCUACUCAACAAUGGGAAAUCCAUAUUUAUAUCAACAGCAGACGACGGCGACAUCUAGUGGCACAUCUACAGUGACCAAUGCCACGAGCGGGACAAAUUCACAAUAUUCAUAUCAACAAACCAGUUAUAACCCAUAUCAAGGCAGUCAGCAGUCUACACCACAAAGCGCUCAGAUUUCACAAUACAGUUACAAUAAUCAAGGAUAUUAUGCACCCCAGAAUUCUUCCCAAGGUCAACAACCCAGUUACAGUACAUCAACAAAUACCACUCAGAGCUACCAACAGUACCAAGAUACAACAGGCUACUACAAUUCCAGCAAUAACUAUGACUAUGCUGCAUACCAAACAGGAAAUCAAUAUCAGUCAGGAACCCAGCCUAAUUACGACUCAUACAAUAGCACAAACUAUAGCUACAAUGAUUAUUAUGGUAGUGGAUAUGAUGCUUAUGGGAAUUACUAUGGGUACAGGGAUGGCUCUCAGGAUCAGGAUGCCUCCUAUGGAUCUUACUCAUAUGGUCAGAGUAAUGCAAGUCAACAGGAUGGGAAGGUAUGGAACAGUAAUAGUGCUAGUAUCAGUACAGAGGGACAGCAGAAGAUUGCUCCCCAAAGGGAUCCUCGGCUGGAAAAAGGGAGAGGGAGAGGACAGGCACCAGGAGUUGGUAGAGGAAAUGAUGCACACCAGGUUCCAAACAAUGAGAGGCUGUCAGAAAAAUCAGGGGAAGGAAGAGGAAGAGGGACCACUGAAAUUAGACCCAACAGGGGUGGCAGAGGAGGAGUACCUGGGCCCAAUCGAGGGGCAUACAAUGGAAGCUACAGGGGAGAUAAUUUUGAUGCAGGGAGACAAUAUGAGGACACAGAUUACAGGAGAGGACCUUCACAGAUACCUCCAAUGAAAAGUAAUCAAGAUGACCCUCCAGAGAGAAAGAGGUACCAUGAUAACAGAGGAAGUGGAUAUGACCAAAUGUAUCAGUAUGAAGAUGAAACUUAUAAAUCUUAUCCACACUCAGAUAGAGGGUGGAAUAGGGAUGAAUACUGGAACAGGGGAUGGCAGGAGGGUUACAGAGAUUCAAGAAGUGAGCCAGGAAGGGAAAGAGGAGGAACCAGGGGCCGGGGGGACCGAGGAGGAGGAGGAGCUAGGAGAGGGGGCAUUGACAGGGAUGGAAUGACAGGUAGAGGGAGAAACAGGGACAAUGGUGGAAACUUCAGAAACCAGCGGCCACCUUACACUCGCGGAGGAUCUAGUCACAGAGGACGGGGUAGAGGAGGAACUAAUCUCAUGCAAAAUGACAACAAAGCCUAUGAGAAAAAUCAGAGGCUUUUGCCAGGUAGAGACCAGAAUCCAUGGGAAGCAAACGAUAGCAUUCAGAAUGAUAAUAAAUUGACUCCUGGAAACAGAAAUGACAGUAAAGACAUUAAACAAGCAGAAAAACGUAAACUUGAGAUAAAAACUGAGGAACAGCCACUAGUUAAGAAGCCAUGUAAAGUGGAGCAUAAGGUAGGAGUUAAAUCCUCAACUUCAAAGCCAUCGGUGGAAGAAGUCAAAACAGAACCUGUUAAGAAAAAUGAUCAGAUCACCGUUUCUGAAUCACAACCCCCACAACAGUCAGUGAUUAAGGCAGAAGUUACUGUUCCAGAGGCCCCAAUUCUGCCAGACAGCACCUCCAAAGACAAUGUCACUGGGCCUUCUCCUCCAAAGAAAAAGAAAGCAGUAGAGGAGUUGCUGGUGGAUCCAGAUGUAGAGAAGGCAUUGGAAGAAAUGACAAGUCCCUUUUUCUGUAAACUGUGUAAUUUGACAAUCAGUCACCCUUCACAGGCACAGUCUCAUUACAAUGGCAAACACCAUGCCAAAAAAGUAAGGUUGUAUAAGCAGUCUGCAGCCUUGGAGGCCACACUAGCUAGGAAAGCGGCCCAGGGAGAUCUGGUGACCACAAUUAAUCUUGUCACUGAAGUCAAUCCAGCAUCAGAUGACAAACCAAAAGAUGAAAAUGUCCAGGCCAUCAGUGAGAGUGUAAUUGAGAAAAUGAAAGAUGAAAAUGACCGUGUUUACUGCAAACUGUGCCAGGUUGCUUUCAACUCGCCUAAACAGGCUAUUCAACAUUACGAGGGGAAAAACCAUGCCAAGAAAAUGAAAGCUGCUGGCAUCGUGCAGAUAUCGGAGACGGAUAAACAGCAUGUCAAAAUUGAUGGCGCCGUGUUCGAGUGUAAGAUGUGUAGUGUUCAGGUGACCUGCAAUGAACAGUUACAGUCCCAUUUGAAUGGAGCCAAACACAAGGGAAAACUACGAUCCCUGGAGAGAGCAGCUGACUCGAACCGAGGCAGAUGGGGAGGAAGGGGGAGGGGGAGGGGCAGGGGAAGAGCAGGGCAUGCUGGGUUUGCUGUAGAAGAACACAAUGUUGUGACCAUCCAGACACAGCAGCAGUCACGAAAGAGAGGGCGGGAUUAUUCCAACUUCCGAACUCCAAGUGGCAGCUAUUACUGCAGCAUUUGUAAUGUGACAGUCAAUGGUGAAAAUCAGUUUGCUCAGCACAUGGACAGUCGCAAGCACAAGAGCAAAUAUGCCAACCACAAGAUUACUGAAGAAGAGCAGCAACAAAUGGAAAUGACCACCUAAAACUCAAAUGGCCAGCCAUUUCUUUUCUUACUCGCAAAUUCACGGAUGUUCUCCUUCUCUCUGUCUCUCUCAGAACAGCUUAGUUAUCCCCCCAGAAUCAGGGGCACGUUAAUGUUGGCUCAUCUGUCUGCCUCUCCCCGUGUCCGUCAGUCCGUGGCAAAAACUUUGAACAUGGCCCGUGAGUUUUGAUCUAUAACUGAGAGGGCUUUGAUGUUUAUUGGUUAUACCCAUUGUGAAAUUUGAAGAUUCUGUGACCUCUCACCCACUUCAUACUCUAACAUUGCUUAUUCCUUUUGAAAGUAUUAGUGAGGGGUCUUUGGAAUUUAGUGGAUGAAAUCCAUGUUGCAAACUUCUUCAAGAAGUGUCACAUUUUUAUGAUCCUGUAAGAAUGACCUAUGACCCAUUUUAACAUUGUUUAUAACUUUUGAAAGAAAAGUGUAAGGGUUUUGAUAUGUUGUUGAGUUUAAAACUUUUGACAAGGCCUUUCUAUUGGUCUAUUUAAAGAUAUUCAUAUAAAUUGGCUAUUACAUGUUGUGCUAUUAUCAGGAGCAAUCUUGUUUCACCCACAGAUUUUUUUUUCCAUUUUUUUUAUGAUUGUCUAUGAUUUAUAAGAGAAUGAAUAUGUUAUUCAUGUGCAGUUGUAUUUGUGUUGUUUCAUUAUUCAAUGUAGAACACAACUGAUAUGGUACAUAUAUUCUAGGAACUGUAAAAUUAUCAACACUGUAAGCUGUCUACACCCCACCCCCCUCCAAAAAAGGGCAAAAAAAAAAUAACCCCCAGAGCAAUGAAUGAGCAGGAAUAUCUCUUAUUUGUGGUAAAUGAUAUAUCAUGUACCAGUAUGUUGUAGAGGAGACAGGACAGAUUUGAAAUACAUCAAAGUAUUCAUUUAGCAAUAUAUGAAAUAACUUUCUUUUUUCAUAGUCAUUAUUAGUGUUUCACUGAAUUGCAAAACAUUUCCAUCUUGGAAAUUGAAGAUGCUUGUCUACACAUGUCAGAUUGACUUCAGGAAAUUGUAGUCACUUCAAUGUUUUGAAAUGUACAUUAUGUUUACUUCCAUUAGUUGUAUGUGUUUUAGGUCUGUGAUACUGUAUAAGUGGUAGUUUUAGUGAGACACGUUUAGCGAUUUGUCCAUAAAUCUAUAUAUUUAGUGAGAGCUAAUUUUAGAGACUUGAGAAUUCCUAGAAAAAUAGCUAUUACGUCUGAUAUAGAAUAAAUAUUAGUGAUAUUCAAUUUUAAUGAUCUCAACACUGCCGUUCAUGAUGCCAAAAUUAAAUUCUUGCUGAAAAUUCUACUGAUACAGUAUCUGUCGAGUUUUAUUAACCAGUUCAUCAUUCAUUCUGCCAGUCAAGUAGCCCAUUUACUUAGUCAGAUGUUACUUUAAGAAUGUAACUUCUGUAAUUUUCAAACCUUCAAGUCUCAGCUUGGCUAGUGUUCAGAUAUUUGUUUACAAUGGUGACCCAAAAAAAUUUACUUUUGAAUUUGAAAAACUUUCUGUAACACUGUCAUCAAUAUGUGUUGCUUUUAUAGAGUCCCACUUCAUUGAUUUCAGGUCCAUGUUUUAGACAAAGGUGGUCCAACAUAUUCGUACUAUUGGAAGGUCACUUCACUAAUUCAUCAUCAGAAGUUCUUUACGAAUAAAUUGACACCUUAGGGAUUGGGAAUGGCUUGUUUUUAUAAAAGCUCAACAUAAUGAAUAAGGUGUUAGCUAUUUAUGCAGCCUAUAUAGUUCAAUAAAUAUAAUAUCCCCUUUGUCUAUUGAAAAAGUAUUUUUAUAAUUUUUAAAGGUGUCAUUGACAUAUGUUUGUACAAGUAGUUGAUAUGUUUGAAUUUAUGUGUUGGCUCAUUUGAUACAGUCGUAAAUUCUCAUAGAGACCUACUGAGUCAGUUUCUUCCCUGUGGCGUUUGAAUUUCCACACAGAAAAUAAGAAUUUGACUUUUGGCUUCGUUUUUAAAUUGAACAAAUGAGGUAUGACAUACUGGUGUGGAAACAAUAUUGUUCAGAUGCUAUUUUUAAACUGGUUUUGUUUUGUAAAAGGUAUGAAAUAUCAUCCCUGAGACUUCUUGGGAAAAUUAUUGUUGCAUGCAUCUUUGAACAGCUGUUUCUGUAAAUUAUUUACCUGUCCACACAGCCUUCAGUCCUCAUCAUUAGAAUCACUGUCUAAUUUGUUGGGUAUUUGAGGUGAUAAUUUGCAUAACAGCAAAGCCAUUAUGUAUAAAUUUUCAUGCUUUCCAUUGUAGAUUAUCAACUCGCAUACCCAACAAACUAGACGGCGAUUCCUUAUUUUAAUGUUUGAAAUAGAACUAAAAAUCUAGAAUUGGCAAAUGAAAUAUACUGCCUAAUAGAAAUUGAUAUACACAUGGCAUUCCAUGUUAAUUUCCAUAGACCCCACCCACUGACCUUCCAUUUGCAGCAAGUGAUAAAUUGACAUCCAGCUGAAAGCUGUGAGAAAAAUUAACACUUUGUAAAUAUUUGUUGUUUAUUGUUAUUUUCACAGUGAGAGAGAGAGAGGGUGUGUGUGUGUGUGUGUUUAAUGUUAUUUUCACAGUGAAUGAGAGAGGCUUGUAUGUAUUAUGUAUGUUUUAUGAAGUACAGUUCAUCAGGUUAUAGGAUUGAUAGAAGGGGAAUGAGCAUGUAUGAAUUUACCACCACUGGGACACACGCACACAUCAGAUCUUACAAACAUAUAUAUAUAUAUAUAUCUAUAUAUACCCUGUAUGUUUGAUUAGACAGUGUUUGUUAUCAUGCUUGUAAUCAGUACCCUAAGAUUUUAAUGGGCAUUGAAUAGCGUUGGGCUGAAUGACCAGUCUAUGUUUCUUGAAAUUCAAUAUUGUACUUAAUUUCUUGUUCAACUGGUUCAGUAGACAACUGAUGUAAUAGUUAGAUGUUGUUUGAUGCCAGAGAUGCCAUAAGAAUGGUUUAUAAAAAUAAACUGGAGUUGACAAUACA